AUGGCUGGUGGCCACUGUGUUGGAUAGCAGAGCUCUAGAUCAACAAAACCAGCACCAGUUACUUAGAACAGGUUUUAGAACAGCUGCAGCAACAAUGUGAUAUGUGAGGGAUGAAUGGCAGUAGGAAGAUCAGUGGUCUGUGGUGAGGACAGAGCAAGGGUCGUGUUCAGAUGGAGUGGGAGGCCUUGUGAACAAGGGAAGGGAGCAUCUAGGGGCUGAGGAAGGAGGUACUGGCCUUGGGGAUGUCAGUGGGACUUGUGGCUGGAGAUCGCACCAAGCCCCAGAUGGUGGACUGCACUUGGAGUAACAUGAACUGAACCUAGUGUGAUUUACUGCAGCAAUGGAGAACAAGGGCUCUGCCCCUAGGCCACCUCACUUUGGACACUUUGCUCUGACUUAUCCAAGUUUGAGGCAUUUAGUUGUGGCUCGGCAAAUAUAUAUCUGAUACCUGCUGUCUGCCAAGCCCUGUGCUGGGCAGUGAGACACAGUGGGGAGCAAGAUGUGGUUUGUGUCACAUGAACCCAAACCUAACGUCCAGGAACUCCACCCGCCCUGCCUGUGUAGGAAGUUGUGAGCCUCUCUUUCCCCCUGCCCUAGGUUAGUAUGUAUGUGAGCAUGCAUGCACUUGGCAUUACCUGCUCAUAAAGCUUCCUGCUGCCCCAGGACUGGGGUAGGAUGCAGGGGCCCUUGGUUGACCUCAAGUAGACAGCCUCUGCCUCUGACUGAGCCCCCAGGACCACUGGCUGACCACGAGAGAUGAAGAAUGGCGUCUAAGGGGACUGGCAUGUCUUUCUCCCGUAAGAGCUAUAGGUUGAACUCAGAUGCUGAGAAACCCAAGGUCACAGGCAUCGUGCAUGAGAAGCUACUAAAUGAUUACCUGCACCGCAUCUUCUCUCCUGGCCACACACCCUCCACAGCCACCAGCAGGAAACCUCUGAACUUCCAGAAUCUCCCAGAGCAUCUGGACCAGCUGCUACAGGUGGACAGUGAGGAUGAAGAGAGCCAGGGACAGGUUGAAGGGCGGCUUGGCCCAUCCACUGUGGUCCUGGACCACACGAGUGGCUUUGAGGGCCUUCUCCUGGUGGAUGAUGACCUCCUGGGGGUGAUCGGACACAGCAACUUUGGAACUAUCCGCUCCACCACAUGUGUGUACAAAGGAAAAUGGGUCUACGAGGUGCUCAUCUCCUCCCAGGGACUCAUGCAGAUCGGCUGGUGCACCAUCAACUGCCGCUUCAAUCAGGAGGAGGGGGUUGGAGACACACACAACUCCUACGCCUAUGAUGGCAACCGAGUGCGCAAGUGGAAUGUGACCACGACAAACUAUGGCAAGGCGUGGGCAGCGGGGGACAUCGUGAGCUGUCUCAUCGACUUGGAUGAUGGUACUCUGUCCUUCUGCCUGAAUGGUGUGUCACUGGGCACCGCCUUUGAGAAUCUGUCCAGGGGCCUGGGCAUGGCCUACUUCCCAGCCAUCAGCCUCUCCUUCAAGGAGUCUGUGGCCUUCAACUUUGGCAGCCGCCCCCUGCGCUACCCAGUGGCGGGCUACCGGCCCCUGCAGGACCCACCACGGGCUGACCUGGUGCAGGCACAGAGGUUGCUGGGCUGCUUCCGGGCAGUGCUCUGCGUGGAGCUGGAUCCUGUGGAAGGGCUGCUGGUUGAGAAGGAGAGCUCCAAGUGGCAGUUACAGGGCCAGCCCACCGUUCUCCUCACCCUCGCCCACAUCUUCCACCGCUUCGCACCACUCCUGCGCAAGGUGUACCUGGUGGAAGCUGUGCUCAUGAGCUUCCUGCUGGGCGUCGUGGAGGCAGCCACCCCGACCCAGGCACAGACUGUGGUGCACCAGGUCCUGGACCUCCUGUGGCUCUUCAUGGAGGACUAUGAGGUACAGGAUUGCCUCAAGCAGCUGAUGAUGUCCCUGCUGCGGCUGUACCGGUUCUCACCCAUCGUCCCAGACCUGGGCUUGCAGAUCCACUACCUGCGGCUCACUAUUGCCAUCCUGAGGCAUCAGAAGUCCCGCAAGUUUCUCCUUAGCAACGUCCUCUUCGACGUGCUCCGGGCCGUUGUCUUCUUUUACAUCAAGAGCCCCCUGCGUGUGGAGGAGGCCGGCCUGCAGGAACUCAUCCCCACCACCUGGUGGCCCCACCACUUCAGCAGGGAGGGCAAAGAGAGCCAAGAGGCGAAAGAGGAGACCGCGGAGGAGCGGCUCCGGCGGCGUGCCUAUGAGCGGGGCUGCCAGCGGCUCAAGAAGCGCAUUGGAGUGGUGGAAGAACUACAGGUUCAGAUCCUGAAGCUGCUGUUGGACAAUAAAGACGACAAUGGGGGUGAAGCUUCUAGGUACAUCUUCCUGACAAAGUUCCGAAAGUUUCUACAGGAGAACGCCAGUGGCCGGGGGAACAUGCCUAUGCUCUGCCCCCCGGAGUACAUGGUCUGCUUCCUGCACCGGCUCAUCUCCACCCUGCGCUACUACUGGGAUGAAUACAAGGCUUCACAUCCCCGCGCUUCCUUCAGUGAGGAGGCCUACAUCCCACCCCAGAUCUUCUACAACGGCAAGGUGGACUACUUCGACCUGCAGCGCCUUGGGGGUCUCCUCUCGCACCUCCGGAAGACCCUCAAAGAUGACCUUGCCUCCAAGGCCAACAUCCUGAUUGACCCACUGGAGCUCCAGGCGGCCACCAUGGAUGACCUAGACGAGGAUGAGGAACCAGCCCCAACUGCAGCCCAGCGUCCCAUGCAGGCUCUGGCCAUGGGGGGGACGCUGCCCCUGCCCCGGCCUGGCUGGCUCAGUUCCCCAACCCUGGGCCGAGCCAACCGCUUCCUCAGCACAGCGGCCGUGAGCCUCAUGACCCCACGGCGGCCUCUGAGCACCUCGGAAAAAGUGAAGGUCUGCACGCUGAGCGCAGAGGAGAGGACCCGCGAGGACAUUGAGGGCAGCCACUGGAACGAGGGCCUGCUGCUAGGGCGGCCCCCCGAGGAGCCUGAGCAGCCCCUCACCGAGAACUCCCUGCUGGAGGUCCUAGACGGUGCCAUCAUGAUGUACAAUCUCAGCGUCCACCAGCAGCUGGGCAAGAUGGUAGGGGUGUCUGAUGAUGUCAACGAGUACGCAAUGGCUCUGAGGGACACAGAAGACAAGCUCCGUCGGUGUCCAAAGAGGAGGAAGGAUAUCCUUGCAGAGUUGACCAAGAGCCAGAAGGUUUUCUCAGAAAAGCUGGACCAUCUGAGCCGCCGUCUCGCCUGGGUCCACGCCACCGUCUACUCCCAGGAGAAGAUGCUGGACAUCUACUGGCUGCUGCGUGUCUGCCUGCGGACCAUCGAGCACAGUGACCGCACGGGUUCUCUCUUUGCCUUCAUGCCCGAGUUCUACCUGAGUGUGGCCAUCAAUAGCUACAGCGCCCUCAAGAAUUACUUCAGUCCUGUGCACAGCAUGGAGGAGCUCCCAGGCUAUGAAGAGACCCUGACCUGCCUGGCUGCCAUCCUUGCCAAACACUUCGCUGAUACACGCAUCGUGGGCACCGCAGACAUCCGAGACUCACUGAUGCAGGCCCUGGCCAGCUACGUGUGCUACCCACACUCCCUGAGGGCUGUGGAGCGGAUUCCUGAGGAGCAGCGCAUCGCCAUGGUCAGGAACCUCCUGGCUCCCUACGAGCAGCGACCCUGGGCCCAGACCAACUGGAUCCUGGUGCGGCUGUGGCGGGGCUGUGGGUUUGGGUACCGCUAUACACGGCUGCCACACUUGCUGAAAACCAAACCUGAGGACGCCAACUUGCCCAGCCUCCAAAAGCCCUGCCCCUCCACCCUGCUGCAGCAGCACAUGGCAGACCUGCUGCGGGAGGGCCCUGAUGUGGCGCCCAGCUUCCUCAACAGCGUACUCAACCAGCUCAACUGGGCCUUCUCUGAAUUUAUUGGCAUGAUCCAGGAGAUCCAGCAGGCUGCUGAACGCCUAGAACGGAACUUUGUGGACAGCCGGCAGCUCAAGGUAUGUGCCACCUGCUUUGACCUCUCAGUCAGCCUGCUGCGUGUCUUGGAGAUGACCAUCACACUGGUGCCCGAGAUACUCCUUGACUGGGCCCGGCCAACCUCUGAGAUGUUGCUGCGACGUCUUGCACAGCUGCUGAACCAAGUGCUGAACCGUGUGACGGCUGAGAGGAAUUUGUUUGACCGUGUGGUCACCUUGCGGCUGCCUGGCCUGGAAAGUGUGGACCACUACCCUAUCCUGGUGGCAGUGACAGGCAUCCUUGUACAGCUCCUGGUGCACAGCCCAGCCUCAGGGACAGAAAAAGCCACCUCAGUGCUCCUGGCUGACCCCUGCUUCCAGCUCCGCUCUAUAUGCUAUCUCCUGGGGCAGCCAGAGCCCCCAGCACCUGGCACUGCCCUGCCUGCCCCAGACCGGAAGCGCUUCUCCUUGCAGAGCUACACGGAGUACAUCAGUGCCGAGGAGCUGGCCCAGGUGGAACGGAUGUUGGCACACCUGACCUCUGCAUCUGCCCAGGCAGCAGCUGCAUCCCUGCCCACUAGUGAGGAGGAUCUCUGCCCUAUCUGCUAUGCCCACCCCAUCUCUGCUGUGUUCCAGCCCUGUGGUCACAAGUCCUGCAAAGCCUGCAUCGACCAGCACCUGAUGAACAACAAGGACUGCUUCUUCUGUAAAGCCACCAUCGUGUCUGUGGAGGACUGGGAGAAAGCAGCCAAUGCAAAUACCACCUCCUCAGCUGCUUAGGCCUGCCUGACCCACACCUGCCAUGUCCUGCACCCUGCACCCUCAAACCCAGACCCAAGCUGGACCCUAUUUAUGAGCUCCCCUUGCCCUGUCCCGAGGCCCCCCCCCCCAUGUCCAAUCCCUAUCUUGCCCGUGUGUAGCCGUGUUUUGCAGGAGCCCAGCCAUGUCCCCAAUUGUGCCUCAGCUUGACUUUCAUUCAGGGGCCACAGUGAGCAUUAAAUUAUUAUUCCAUACAGCCCUGACCCCAGCCCUUCUUUAG